GGCGGAGCUUGCCAGGACUGAAAAGCGAGGCGCAGACGGCUCGUCGUGUCCGUCUCCACUUGGACAAGCGGCUCUUUUAAAAUGGCAGCGACAGCCGAGGACGACUGGGAACCGGCCGACGUCCCGCCGCUCUCGGUCCAGCAGGGACACCACCACAACAGCAACAACAACAACAAUAACAAUAACAAGGACACGGACGCGGGGGAGAGCGCGGCGACCGCUACCACCAGUGCGACCGAACCCAGCGGGACAGUGUCGCAUAGCAUUGGUAACGGCUCGGUCAUUAACCCCACUGGAGGGACGAACGGGAAGUGGGUUCGGUUGAACGUCGGCGGCACCGUGUUCCUGACGACCCGGCAGACACUCCUGAAAGAGCAAACUUCAUUCUUGUACCGGCUGUGCCAGCAGCAGGACCUGCACUCGGACACCGAUGAGACAGGGGCGUAUGUAAUCGACAGAGACCCCACCUACUUUGGCCCCAUCCUCAACUACCUGAGACAUGGCAAACUGGUCUACAACAAGGAACUAGCAGAAGAAGGAGUUCUAGAGGAAGCUGAGUUCUACAACAUCACACCGCUCAUCAAACUCAUCAAAGAGAGGAUCAUAGAGAGGGACUCCAAGGCCACGCAGCAGGUACCCCCGAAACAUGUGUACCGGGUGUUACAGUGCCAGGAGGAGGAGCUGACCCAGAUGGUCUCCACCAUGUCGGAUGGCUGGAAGUUUGAGCAGGUCAGCGUGCGCACCUGCAGAAAGCCCCGCACCGGACUGCUCUGGACUAUGGUGAACAUCGGCUCGUCCUACAGCUAUGGCACCGAAGACCAGGCUGAGUUCCUGUGUGUCGUCUCCAAGGAGCUGCACACACCCGGGUCUGGACUUGCUACUGAACAAAGCCACAAAACCAAGGCUGCGGAGGUGCAGGAAGAUGCAUCCAAGGAGGAGGAGGAGGAGGAGGAGGGAGGGAGAGAGACCACACCAAAUGAGAGGCUUAGAGAAUGAGGGAGGAGGGAGUGUUUCAUUUUUCCAAAAAGAGGCUGUUCCAAAUCCAUGGGUCCAGGAUGUAGAAGACUUAAUCUUUCCAAACUUACCACAACAUUGUUUACGUGUUGCACCAGAUGGACGUCGGGAACGAGAAGAGGCUGCAGCAAUAUAAAACUCAAGCGUCAUUUAUCUUAGUUGAAACCAUCAUGUGUGCUGUUUCAUUGCCAAAGGCAGCUUAGUAAUAACAACCAAAGAAGCUGAAUGUUGCUGAGUCACUCUCAUCUGGCUGACUUUGAUGUUGUGCUGUGUCUCUAAAUCUUACUUUUGUAGGACAAAUGCAUUAAUGCAGGUCAACGUUUGCACUUUCGACGCCAUUUGCUCAAUGUAAAGCGAAACGUGUCGGUGCUGCAUCAUUUGCGAGACACACAAAUUCAAAGUUUGUGAAAAUAUACAACCAGAUGGCGUCAGUGGAAGCUCAGAUAAAAAAAAAGUCAGUGCAGGCUUCAAAAUCAGGAUCCAUCAGCUCACGGAAAUAUUUGAUCAACACUAGAACAACAACGGCGGCUGUCAAAUUUUCUCAAGGUUUUCGGAAAAUUAAUCACAAAAACAAGAAUAUAAGUUCUGUUCAUUCCGGGAAGCCGUUGUCCACUUAUGACGCUAGAUGUAGCUUAAACAAUAUACAUACUGUGCUUCAGUUUUUGAAUGCACAAGUGUAAAUUUCAUGUAUCUUCGGCCUUCAUGUGAAGUUGGCCUUGCCCUGAAUAGAUCAGCAGCUACAUUUAACUGGAUUUUUCAGAGAGCCAAUUGUUUCUGGGGUGUUGGUGUACACCUGUAAAUGAUCCAAACACACUACACUGCUGCUGCUGCAAAAAAGAGAGUCAGUACCUCACCUGACUGCAUUUGAUUUGAAGUCAAGAACUUAUCUCAAGGUAAAAAAACAGACCCCUAAAGAUGCUGGGAAAUAGUUUUAAAAGUAGCAUAAUUGUGUUAGACAAUCCUCUUCAAUUUUACAGGAAGUUGGACAUUGGAAGUUUUGAGUGAGUGAGCUAAAAUAUUUCCCAUCAUAGUAGUUAAUCUGCUUAAAAAUGUGGAUGCAAACGACUGACGCAGAAAAACGCCACAUCAUCUUAUUUUCAGGAACUGUCCUUUGCAUCAUUCAGUGCCUUUUUCAAACGGUACGACUCCUGCAACAACAGUGUGCAUUGAGAUCAAGUUCAGCAUGUAGACCAUUCUCUUCCUCUUCUUUGACGAUUUGUUUCCCAAGUGGAGGUGCAGGGGCAUGUUCGGAUCAAGUGUCUGGUGAAUGCCUUCCUUUUUUGUUUUUGUACAUUUUGCUGUAAUUUAUUCUGGAGCUUUCUCUUUGGAUGCUGGUUUUCUUUUAUACCGGUGUGAUUUAUGUUGAUAAGUUUUAAUUUUUUACACAAACUUAUAUAAUCGCUGUCGGUUGUCCAUAUCACAAAAUGUUCUGGGAAAAUACAAAUCCACCUGCAUGUUCAGCGUUGUUUCCUCAUAGGCGUGUUCCAGUCGAGGACUUCAUUUUCUUCAUCCGGUUGAUCCUGUCAGAUCACUGACAUUUCCUGAGGAAUUACGUUUUUGUCUGUGAUUAUUUAUGCUAAUGACUUAUAUCUGUGAUGCUCCAGUACGUCAAAAAAAAAAUCCGUAAAACUUCUUCUUUUUUAAUAAAAUAAUGGGAGCUUCGACUGUCCUAAAAGCCUCAAUAUAUUCAAAACUUUUUAACUCAAAUAACUGCCAUUGCACGUCACAUGACUUCACAAACCGACAGCAACACUUGUGUUCGCAUUCCUUAAAGAACAUUAUGAGAGCCACACCUUCUGGUGGACAUAUUCUGUAGCUUUUGUGACAAGCACAAAAACACCGUCUCCAGAUUGAUAUAAAAGAAGCGGAACUGCCAGUAACACUCAAAUCAAGUCACUCUAAUCGGAUAAUGUAACAUAGCUGUUUUUGGAAUUUGUUUUGGUUCAACUGAGCUGUUAAUAAUGUUUUCAUUUAUCUGCCUGUUUUUUUUAUCCUUGUAAAGGAAGUCACAUUUGUCAACAAAUAAAAAAACUUUCCUUUGUAUCAUGUGUUUUGCUUCCACUGCUUGCUACAUUAAAUUAUUUCUGGCUGUAACACAUUUUAUUCUAAGUGCUCCCUCAAACUGGGAACACGGAAUGUGCUAGAGGCCACUUUGGUUUGGACUGAACUUCUGUCCCCUCAGUACAAUCUUGGAAAAUGAUAUCAUACAUAGACAGUUUGACAGAAUGACAGUUUAGAAGCACAGAGAUGAAGUGUGGCUUCCUUUCACGGCACUUGAGCUAGUUACAGUGGACACUCCAUGUCUUCCACUAUGUGUUAAUGACUGGGCUACUGAACAUUAUUUGGAAGAUGUGAUGGUUUAUUUAUUUCUUGGUUCAGUUUUGAACACUGUUAUUGACUUUGAUGCCAACAAUGUUGAGAACUGACAUCUUGAAAGUGCCAAGAAUUUAGUUUUGUUUGUUUUUCUUGUAUGUCAUUUGUAUUUGCUUGUGUCUGUGUUAUGCAGCCACAACUUUUGAAACUCAAACACGCACAAUUUUUAUGGCAAUAUUUGAGCUUCUUUGGUCUGAUCUAGGAAAUGGUAAUCAUUAGCGGCGCAUUACAUAAUCUGCAUGUAGGGAUUUACCUCCUGGUUUGUGAACUGAGCGCUCAUAAUAUUGAGCUAAAGGAUUAGUGAGAAUUUUUUUUCUGGAAAAAAAAACCAAUGAUCAUAU